AUGGUGAUUGACAAGAAGGGUCGCAUCCAGUACGCCACCAGCGCCCUGGCCCGCAUGCUGGGAUACCCCACGGCGCAGCUCUCAAUGCUGGAGCUCUCGGCGAUCGUGCCACCCCCCUACGGCCAGCUGCACCCUGGGUACAUGAAGGACCUGUCAAAGCCGCCGCCGCCGAGCAGCUGCCGUGCCGGCGGAGUGGUGCGGCUGAUGCGCGCCAACGGGGCCACCAUGCCCGCGACGCUCAAGAUAUCGAUCAGCCAGGAGGGCGAGAGCACAGGCCACCACGUCGUGCUUCCGUCGUCAGAGGCGGCGUCCUUUGACCGCGUCCGCCUGGAGUUGACCGUCACCCAGGCCGGGCUGGUGGAGGCCGCCAGCGCGGGCGCCACCAAGGCCGUCUUUGGCUUCUCGCCGCAGGCCCUGGUGGGCAAGCAGCUAUCCGCCGUCAUCAACGCCUUUGACGAGUGGGGGCAAAAGUUUGGCGACGACGGCGCCGGUCUGCUGGUGGCGCUCGGCGUUCGCGCGGCCGAGGGCGGCGCGGCGGCGGACGCGGCGUGGCGGACCAGCGCUAUGGCGUUGGCGCUGCAGCAGCGCAGGAGAAUCCAGCCGGCGCUUAUGCAGGUCAAGCUGCAUGAACCUGGCUCCGCAACUGCCGGGGAUGGGCUGGCCUCCGCCGAGGGCGUCGCGGCCGCUGCCGCGGCCGCUGGCAUAGAGGCGCCCCGCCCGCAGGACGCGCGGCUGCGCGUGGUGCUGUGGCGCGCCGACGCUGUGGCGGGCGUGGUGGAGGUCAGCGGUGGGCCCGCGGGACUGGCGGUGACGCGUGCCGACGAUGCGGCGGGGCUGAUAUUCGGUGCAUGCCCAAAGGCCCUCCUCAAGCGCAGCGCGGCCAGCCUGCUGGGCCUACCAAAGACGGCCAAGCCGGCAGACCUCCUGACAGGGUCAGACCACAACAGCAAGCGCGGCGCCCUCAAGGCAGGCACGGGCUCGGCGCCCAAGGUCGGCCCCCGGAAGCGGCUGACGGGGCGCCACGCAGACGGCGCACCGCUCCUGCUGGAGAUCCAGGCUGCUGCCAAGCACGCGCAGGGGACGCGGCGGCUGGCUGUGCUGAUCAAGGCCACUGACCCGUUGCGCAUCGCCCAGUGGGCGGAAGCCGAUGCACGGACGGAGCUGGGGCCGCCCUCGGAGACGUCCUUUGGCGGCAACAGCAGCCGCGGCCCCAGCGGCCCCGGCGCGCCGCAGGGCCCGGCGGGCGCGAGCUGGGCUGGCGGCGGCCUGCUGGACAUAGAGAGCGAGGCGUCACAGUCGGAGGCUGGGCAGGGUGACGGUGGCGGGGACGGUGGCGGCGAUGAUGAUCUUGCAACAGAUGCGAGGCGCUCCAAGAUCCUGCGGAAGCUGCGCAGACUGCUGACCGGCACCACCGCCCAGAGCGCCUCCAUCCGCUUCCGCACGCACACCUGGGCGGUCAUUCUACUGGCGCUGACUGUGCACGUGGUCGGCUUUGCCGUCAUCAGUACACAGAUCCAGAGCAGAUACGCGUGA